UUUGCAAAGCGUGCGUCACGAUCACCCCAUGUUACACCCUAGAAACCGCCUCAAAUAUCGGAUAUUUACACUUCUGCCGGGAAGUUUGAGUCAGAACACGGGCGGGACUCGCUGGGAACACACCUACUGGCGUUUCGGACGACAGUAGCGCAGUUUCUGAGAUUGUGUCGCUGAAGACGUCGUCCCCAGGGCCCCCAGCGGCACUCUCGUCCCCGCCGUCCCUACAGAAGAAGAACAUGUCCUCAGUUUGCCUGACCAUAGCCUUCAUCGUCACGUGUCUACUGUCCUUACUCAGCUGGGCGAAAGGUGAGCGGCAGGUGAGGAGUAGCGGUGCGGCAGGUACUCAGGAGAAGUCGGUGUGUUACGGAAGGCUCGGCUGUUUCAGUAACGCGCCGCCAUUUUCCUCAGACAUCCCCCUCCCCCAGCCCAGGAAGAGAAUCAACACAACUUUCCAUCUGCGCACGCGCAGCAACCCCGUCCAGAGCCAUGUCCUGAAACCUGGACGGCCGGAGACACUGCGCAGGUCUAACUAUGAAUCAGGCGUAAUGACGAGGAUCAUCCUACACGGGUACAGCAUGUAUGGAACACUGGAGCCGUGGAUAAACACAAUGGUACAGGCCAUCCUAGCGAAGGACGACUCUAAUGUCAUCGUAGUGGACUGGAUGAAGGGCGCCAUGGCCACCUACUCUCAAGCCGUGGGCAACACCAGACUGGUCGGCGCCGAGGUGGCGAACCUUAUAAAGUGGUUGAUGGACAAAACGGGAAAUCCAUUAGACAGUUUUCACAUCAUCGGUUUUAGCCUGGGAGCACAGGUAGCAGGGUACGCCGGGGACAGGCUGGGAGGACGCAUCGCUAGAAUAUCAGCUGUGGACCCGGCCAACCCAGGGUUCAAGGACACCGAUCCCAGAGUGCACCUGGACCCGAGUGACGCCAUGUUUGUUGACGCCAUCCACACAGACGGGAACACGCUGCUGGGUGUGGGGCUGGGGAUGAAGGACGCCAUCGGACAUGUGGAUUUCUACCCAAACGGUGGCAACGAUCAACCAGGCUGUAACAUGGCCUCUUCCUCUGAAGGAUCCAUAUUAUAUAAACUAAGUGUGACAUUUUCAUGCGAUCACUUUCGAGCGGCGGACCUUUACAUCGCCACCAUCAACGCAACCAACGGACCGCUGCAAGGCUUUCAGUGCGACAAUUAUGACAGGUUCCGCCAGGGGACGUGCAUGAGCUGCAGGGGAAACAGGUGCAGGUCGAUGGGCUGGGACGCCGAGAGAGUAGCUCAUAAGGAACGAGUCAAGUUCUACCUGCAGACGACAGCAGAGGAUCCUUUCAAAGUCUACCACUACCAAGUGAAGAUGCACUUUCGAAAUGUGUCCAGAGCAAAGGAAGUGGACGCCAAACUGUACCUACAACUCAGAGGGCCUGAGGGAGAAACUGAGGAAGUCGCGUUGAAAGAAGGAAACCAGGUACGCAUAGUGCCUGGCCAUUCGCAGAAGUUUCUCUUCUCAACACCGACUCACCUUAGCAAGGUAGAGUCUGUAUCCUUCCGCUGGGAGGAAGUGACGUCAUCGUCCUCCUGGUGGUUCAGUUCGUGGUUCGGCGCGGAGGAGGAGGAUUCGGGAGAGAAAACUCUGCACGUCAAGUCCGUCAAAUUGAAGCCCGGAGAGGCUGACGUACAAACUAGAUCGCACUAUUGCCUGUCCCGCCCUCACCGCGGGAUUCUUGCCAAGGAGACGAAGAUGUUUAGAAGCUGUAUACGCCGUGCGGCAUGACGGGUGGAAGUACCAAGGUUGCGAAUUGGUACACGGAGAAUAGUGACGUCACCGAUCCGUAGUCAGACGCUGCCAUAUCUAUUUAUAGAUUUGUAUAUAUAUUUUGGUACGGUCUUAUUUAUAUAUCUGCUUUUUUACCAGCGGAACUGCAUCGAAUUUGAAUAUUAUGUAUAUAAUCCGUUAUUUAAGAUACAAAUGUACGGUUUUCAGAAUGUUUUACAAAUAAUUUAUGACAUCGCUCGUUGCAAUAGCUAGUACACGCUGUUCUAAGUUAAUGUAGUUAUACGUUUAUCGCCAUUGUUGCUGUUUAAUUGAUGUGAUCAUGUGAUGUCGUGUCCGUGCCAACCGUAACUGUCACCUUGUGUUUCACAGAAUUAAGCCUAAAUAAAAUGAUCCGUUAUAUGAAA